AUGUCGCCAAUCAAAGCCCCGCCAAACCUCCCCGAGCUCGUCCGGACUGCCUUCAACAAGGCGCGCGCAUCAGGGGAUGUCAACUUUUAUCCUACACAAGUCACAUUGGUGGACGUUAAUUCCAUUCCUUUCCAACUCCGCUUCUCCCCCUCCCUAGCCAACAAGCCCAAAGCUCCCAAACCCGUCGGACUAAUCGACCACCGCAUUCCCUCUCCUCCCUCCACCACCUCCGUCGGUUCACCACUCCCAACAAACAUCAGCGACGAUGCGGCACCACCACCACCGAAGAAAAAGCUCGUCUUCGACCCCUUCGAUAACCCGCUCCCGUCUAUGCUCGUCUGCCCGCUGCCUCCCCACCACAACCUAGUGCUGAACAAAUUCGCCAUCGUGCCGGAACACUUUAUUUUGAGUACCAAGGAGUAUAAGGAGCAGACGCACCUGCUUGAGCAGAGCGACUUGGAAGCGACGAGGGCUUGUAUCGAGGCGUACCAACAAUAUUCCGCUGGUGGGGAGGAGGAGAAAGAUGAGGCGGGAAAGAGAAAAGAAGAAGAUAAAAAAGAGGAGGAGACCGGAAGCAAGUUAUUCGCCUUCUUCAACUGCGGCCAACACUCGGGCGCCUCACAGCCGCAUAGGCAUUUACAGCUGUUGGUAGUCCAAAAAAUGAGGGAGGGGUUGGAGGGUGUCGAAACAGAAACGAAGGAAGGGAAGAAUAAGAUGUGGGAGGUAUUGGCGCAGCGGUUAAUUGAGGACAAGGAAACGGAAAAGAAACUGCCGUUUAAGACUUUCGCGGAACGGUUGACGCCGCAAAUGACGGGGGAGGAAUUGCAUGGGGUUUAUUUGGGGUUGUAUGGACGGGCUAGGGAAGUCGUGAGGGAAUAUCAGCUGUCUUCACAAUCCGAGUCCCAAAGCCAAAGCCAACCACAGCAAACUUCAACGACAGCGGAAGAGGCACCAGCGGGAGAGGGAGAGGUCGACGAGAUACAAACAGGCGGCGAAGCAACGAUAUCCUAUAACCUGGCCAUGACGCGGGACGUGAUGGUUAUUAUUCCCAGGUUAGCUGAGGGGGCGGCGAUUGUUGAGAAGAAUAUGGAGAGCGGUGGGGAAGAAGUGGUGGGUAAGUUGGCGCUCAAUGGGACUGUGUUGGCGGGCACGGCGCUGGUGAAGAGUCAGAGGGAGUGGGAUGCGUUGAGGAGGAACCCGGAGAGGGUGGGGGAGUUGUUGGGGGUGAUUGGGGUGCCUAAUGACUGUGAAGGGGGGAGGAGAGAGGGGAAGGGCAAAAGGGAGGGGAGGAAGGGGGUGUUGUGA